UCGGUUGUGUGGCAGUCGGUCCGCAGCGUCACAAAAGUUAGCUGAUAAGUCGUCCGCGCAAUAAAUAAUACACACAUUUCAAUUGUCUUAGACAAAAAUAUUUACUUUCAUAAAAAUAAAUCUUCAGUAGCAGUUUUAUAGCAUAAGGUGUCGCAGUCACUACUGUGCUAACUGUAUUUGAGUGAGUCCACGCAAAACCAAUUGUGAAAGUGCAUGAACAGACUGGAAAUGACGCAGAAACUAGUUGUAAUCAUCUUUAUUUGCCUGCUAAGUGCGGAGCACUACUUCUGCGCCCGCAUCCCACGCGAGCCGCGCAGUGCCGAGAGCGUUGAAUCCUUCGAAACGGAGAGACCGGAAGAUAACUCUGUAGAGAAUACUCUCAUUAGCAGCGCCACACGUGCGCAGUUCGAACGCGAGGCCUUGAAUGAGACCAAACUCUUCCUCAACAACCUAUUUCGCUCACAAAUUGACUAUUUCAGCAAGGUAAAAGGGUUUCUGCCGGCCACAGUGAAGCGUGUCAGCGAUAUAAAUACGUAUAUUGAGCGGCUGGAGCAAGCCAUCUUGGCAGACUCUGUGCAGGAGAAGGACAAAAUGUGGCGUGACACUUUCGUUGAGUUCAGCGAAAGCGCAUUUCUGCUCAAUAAGGAAAAGGAUACCGGUGUUUCGAAUGGCCGUUAUAUAGAAAUCUUGAAUGAAGCUGGUCUGGAAGAGACGACUAAGAAAUUCUUAAGUGAUGUGACGGUAUACUUUUGGAAAAUGGCCAAAGCUAGCGGUAAAGUAGUGGAAUCAACAAUUGACGAACAAAUUGAGAAAUGGAAAAAGGAAUGAAACCCAAAACUAUUAUGAGGAAAUGUAUGCGAAAAAAGUCUGAAACCUAUAACUUUGUUGAUCGAAGUACAAAAAAUCAAAACAAUUUUUAAAAAUAUACAUUUAUAGUGUUAUACUAAUA